AUGCGAAGUGGUGGAGUCAGUGCCACGUCUCGCCAGUGUAUACUGAAUGCCGUAAUGAGCAACCUCUCAGUUACAAGCUUGAUAAGAAUGAUAGUCGGCAGCCAGAGGUGUUGUGUAGAAGUGGCAUCCUUUUGCGAGCUGGUGAUUUCCUCAAAGGAAGCCGCCAGUCGGGAUAAGAAGUCAGUUUUGUCAGCUGACCCGGUCCUUAGGAAGAAGUUGGAAGAAAAACGCGGAAGUAAACUCGAACCUCUUUUACUAGCUACAGGGCUGAGUGGUCAUCAGCCCCUCCUCCACUAA